CUCCACUAUUCUAAUUACAACACAACACACAAGCACAUACACAAACACAAACACAACUUAACACACAUGCACACACACAACCAGACAUUCACAUUCGAAGACCAAGGCCAGUUCGAAUUUUGAGGGAAACACGUGGCUGGUCACAGCUUUCGUAUGCAGACACCCGACAUCAUGUGUGCAUUUCACAUGUUUUCAGUAUACGUGAAAUAUUUUGUACAUGAACAUAUCUGAUCUGAAAAAUGGAGAUAAAAGGAGCCUACAAACUCUGCUCGGAUCAGAGUGAUUCGAAUCAGUGAGGAGACUACAGUUACUCGGGUGGAGAGAAAUUCAUCAACACAAAUCUCUCAUUCAUCCUACAGAAUAUAAAAGAGACCGACACCAACUAAUCUGCACGAAAGCUCAUACACACACACACAUCAGUAGUCAUGAGUGGAUCACGAGCCAGACAGAAUUUCGCCAAGGAAUGUGAGGACGCCAUCAAUGCACAGAUCAACAUGGAACUGAAAGCUGCAUAUGACUACAUGGCAUUCUUCACAUACUUCGACAGAGACGAUGUGGCAUUUCCGAAGGCAGCUGAAUUCUUCCGAAAGUCAUCACACGAGGAACGUGAACACGCUGAGAAAUUGGCGAAAUACUUGAACAAGCGUGGUGGUCGUGUCGUCUACAGCGAUGUGAAGAGUCCAUCGAAGACGGAAUUCACAGGUCUGGAAGAUGCGAUGAAUACGGCUCUAGAGAUGGAGAAGGCAGUCAAUGAGUCGCUGCUGAAACUGCACGAUGUGGCUACGGCGUACAACGAUCCAGCGCUAACUGACUUCAUCGAGGGUGAAUUCCUACAUGAGCAAGAAGAGGCGAUCAAACAGUUCGCCGACUACGUGACACAGACGAAGAGAGUUGGAAGUGGACUUGGCGAAUAUUUGUUCGACAAGCUGACACUCAGUGACUGAUUGAGUGUGAAACCGAUUUCACUUGACAAUCACUCCAAUCCUGCCUUCACUUUUGAUGCAUGCUUUCACUUGUUUCCCAAAUACAUCUGACUUCAUUAUAUG